CCCAGUGCUAGCGUCGCCUGCCUUACCCGAGAGACUACAACACAGUAAAUUCGCGGUCGUACUCCUAGCUUUGUCUGGGGAAGGUGCAAGAGAAGAACGAGUUACUACUAGGCGCGGAAGCAGGACUCAGCACAAUUCUUAGGGAUUUCUAAGGCGUUCCACUUCCAGUAUUUGCAUCGCACGCACAGACAAAACGGCCUCGGUUAAGUGUGUCCUGGUAGACACAAUAGUCGCAACAGAUAGCUCGCACCAUGGCUCGCGUAGUUCUGCUUUCCGUCCUCACCCUUCUCGCACUCUCGUCAACCCUCUCGCUCCCUCGCACCGCUCUAGUCGCCGCCGACUCAGACCGACGGCAGCUAGCGUCCACAGUUGACGGCAGCUUUCAGCUGACCGGUAACCCUGGUCUUCACGACGGCGAGGAUGACGGUUUGGACGACACGGGGCUGCUGAACCUCACGGAGGCGGAGCAGACGGACUUCUUACGUCAGUCCGAAGCGGAAGAGGCCGACUUUCUGCAGUACGAUUCGACAAGCGCGCCGAUUCAACCAAACGACGCGCAGCGCGCGGCUCUUCUCGCGCUCAAGGCCGCCUGGGGGUCGGAUUUCUUCAAGGCGGAGACAUGGUCGGAUGCGGACGGGGAGCAGCAGUGGUGGGGGGUUACUGUAGACGCGGAUGGUGACGUCAUGGCCUUGGAGUUGCCGAACGCGAAUCUGGAAGGCGAAAUUCCCGACGAGCUUACGAAAUUCCAAGAUCUCGUGACGCUGGAUUUGCGCGGGAACAAGCUUUCGGGGAGCAUCCCUACCGGGAUCUUUUCCAACUUGACGUCGCUGCGGGAAAUUUACCUGAGUGAUAAUCGGCUGGAAGGGAAAGUCCCCUGGAUUGAGUUUUUCUACUCCAACGACUCGAAAGUGUCGACGCUACGGCUUGAUGGGAAUAAGUUAGGGGGCAAGAUUCGGCCCAAGGCUUUCGACAACGCGACGUCGCUGCAGGCGCUUUUCCUGGGCAACAACAAGUUUUACGGGAAGAUCCCGAGGAGCCUGGGCAGCUGCAAAGAAAUCUCUGUCAUCGAUCUGAAGAACAACGAGUUUUCGGACCUGAUGCCAACUACUAUCGCGGAUCUUCCCGCGCUUGAAGUUUUGGACGUGAGCGGGAACAAGCUCACGGGAUCGAUUCCCAACUUCCUCGGGCGACUCCCCAGUUUAAUCAACCUCGAUUUAAGCAACAACCUGUUCUCGGGCCUUGUACCGCCUUCAUUCCAACUGUUCUCUCACACGGCCCGUGCGGUCAAAAUCGGGGACAACUUCCUGACUGGGCCUUUGCCUCAGUUUCCCCGCUUCUCUAAAGGCUGCGGCGUUAAUGGUGUAGGAGGCUCGGACAGCACGUCGUGUUACAUGCUUCGGUCUCUUUUGGACUUCGAGGGGAACUUCUUUUACGGGAAUUACUCGCUGGAUAUUCAGCUGCCCGGCUCGGAAAACCUUCCUGCCAUGUCAACAGUCUGCCCGUACGAGUACCCCGAAAGCAUCUACGUGUCGGACAAUUGCCUGAGCUCCACGGAUCUAUGCGAUGUGGAGAAGCAGCGGCCACCGAAGGAGUGCGAGGAGUUUUGCGGGACCGGCAGUCCCGAGGGGCAGUGCGGUGGGAAGGGGGUGUGUGUGCUGAACCCCCUGGAGGGGAGUGCGCAGAAGUUUGUGUGUGAGUGUGACGCAGGGUUUAUUCCCAUGGGGAAUCCUCCCACUUGCGUCAAGGGCUGAUGGGGAGUGCGGGGGGGAUGCCGUGUGGGGUGUUGGGAGGAUCUGGGUAUGAGGGGAAUGGGGAUGUAGGGCUGCGGGUUUGGUGAGGCUUCAGGGAGGGGAGAAUGGUGGAAUCUGGAGGAGAGGGGGGCACGUCGAGGUAUUAGCUCUGAGUGCCAUGCACUUGACUGGUGGUGGGUGGGAGAGUUAAGGGGAGAGGGUUGGUUGGGAAUGGUUGAGACACAUGGAGAAGAUGGGGUGGUUGUAUUGUAUUGGUAUUGUUAUGUAAGAUACUGUAGGGAGACACGUCUGGAAGGCAAAUACCAUAUGUAAACUUGGAGCGUGACACGAUUUCUUGAUGAACACGCAAUAGUUAUCCUUCAUAUGCUAGCAAUUACA